AUGCCACGACAGCCCAAGAAAACCGAAACGCAGCAAGCCUAUAUCAUGGUCUUAGAAGAAAGAAUAGAGAAAUUGGAGGCUUACAUUCGAAAAAUGCAUCCAGGAGAGGAUAUUGACCAUAUACUCAGCAUCCCGCCCGAUAAAAUUGCCCAAGUUCCUUCCAUUCCUAACCUUGCAUCUGUUUCCAGCACUGAAACAAAUCUCAGUUCCUUUGCCUUUUCCGACCUCAAAUAUGCUAUCCCUGUAUCCAUUUCUUCGGACACGACCCCUCCUCCUUUGGUAGAGAAUGAUUCAGAGAUACUAGAAGCGGAUGAUUUGGCUCAUGUAGCUCUUGCUGAACACCUUGGUCGGCUCUCUUUAAGCGCAGUUGACGAUCGAUUCUUCGGUCAAGCCAGCGCAUUCAUGUUUGCCAAAGAUGCAGCAAACGUGAAAAGUUCAAUCACUGGCGAAUCCUCUGCGCCGGAUAUUAGAAAUUAUAGGCGUCCGCUUUUCUGGGACAUGAGACCGUGGGAACUGACUUUCGCUACAUCACCGGAGACUUCUUACGUUUAUCCUGAGGAUGAUUUACUUCAAUCUCUUAUUUCACUGUACUUCGACAAAGUGAAUUGUGUACUUCCUGUCCUUCACCAACCAACGUUUAUGAAGUCGUUAUCAAUUGGCCAACACCACUGGGACCCAUCCUUUGGAAUGAUUGUUCUUCUAGUUUGCGCUAUUGGAUCACGAUAUUCUCACGACCAUCGAGUUACGGUCCCAAAUGAUGCAUCUGGUCUAUCUUCCGGAUGGCAUUAUUUUUGCCAAGUCCCUAUCCACCGAAAGAUUAUGCUUUACAAGGCGAACAUUCACGAUCUACAAUACUAUUGCCUUGCUCCAUUGUACCUCGUUGGAACCUCUAUGCCUCAUGCUGCGUGGAAUAUCUUGGGUAUUGGCAUAAGAUACGCGUUAGAAAAGGGCGCACAUCGCCGAAAAGGCCAAAAUCAGAAGCCUACUGUUGAAGAUGAGCUCCGAAAGCGCGCCUUUUGGUGUAUGAUUUGUUUAGAUCGUUUAAUUAAUUCAUUCGUUGGUCGACAAUGUGGACUUCCACAUGAAGCUUUUGACGUUGAGUACCCCAUAGAUUGUGAUGACGAAUAUUGGGAGACAGAAGACCCGGAACAAGCUUUCAAGCAACCAACGGGAAAGCCCUCUAUGAUAACAGGUUUCAUAUGUUUUAUCAAACUCUGCGAAAUCCUUGGUUUUGCGUUGAGGACAUUGUACACUACCAAAAAGUCUAAACUCCUCUCGGGCUUCAUUGGAAGUGAGUGGGAGGGGCGUAUGGUUGCAGAACUCGACUCGGCUAUGAAUGGGUGGAAAGAUUCACUUCCUCCUCAUCUGCGGUGGGAUCCUAAUACCCAAAAUCCAGCUUUCUUUUCCCAAUCCGUCAACCUGAAUUCCACCUUCUUCUACGUACAGAUACAAAUUCAUCGACCUUUUCUAACCAAGAAAUCACCAUUAUCAUUUCCGUCUCUAGCUAUGUGUACCAACGCUGCAAGAUCAUGUACUCAUGUCUUGGAAGCAGGAAUGACUAGGGGCCUUUGUAUCCUUCCAAACACAAUGACCGCUGCUUUCACAGCUGGCAUCAUCAUCGCUCUCGGUCUAUGGAGUGGACAACGCUCUGGUUAUAUUAGUGACCCCGAGAAAGAAAGGCAAAGUCUCCAGAAAUGUUUGAAUGUCCUCGAAUAUGCUGAAAAACGGGACAUGCUGCGAGAAGUCAGCGCUAUCCAGGAGUAUCACCCAACUGAUAUCAGUAAGCGUCGACACGAUUCUAUUGAGGGGUCACCCGAGUCUGAGGCUACGACGCUCCAUCAAUCUUUGGAGGCCACUUUGCCGUCUUCAGUUGUCACUGAGCCAGUAAACGAAUCAACCCUCCGAAAAUUAUUGCUUACAGAAAUGGGCUACGUAUUCGGAGAUCCCAAUGAAAUCUUGUUAGGUACUACCGAAAGCUGCGCUCAAUCCAACCAGGAUUUCAUGUCAAGUAGUUCACAAAGCCCGCCAUCUCAGUCGAACGAAUUGCCGUCUGUGAACGACAUGUUUGCAUUAUGGUCAGAUAUUCCAACUGCAUUCAGCUGCUUCGAAGAAUGGGAUGCGUAUCUUUCUAGUGUAGGCCAAUCUUAA